AUGCCACCUAAACGGCCUCGGAGGACGUCUCCAGCCACACACGGCCUACACGCUGGCGAGAAGCUGAAACGUACGAAACUAUCCGGCAACGAAUACCUUGCAUGGAGCUGGGUCGGUACGGAGGUCACGGAUGCCGUUGAUAUUACCUCGGAGCACCGUCUUGCGACGUGUGGGUUAUCUAAGAAGAAUGGGCAUUGUUUCUGCGUGAACAAAUACGCACCUGCCACGUCCCACGGACCACCUAUCAAGGAGGAGCCUAGCAAGCCUCUAGCUAGUGGCGAGCUGGAGGACGAUGUAAUAGUAGUUUCGGACGACGAGCUGCUAAUUUGCGACGCCAAAACGUGUAAAAGUAAUCCGAACUGUCUGAACUAUCUUGGUCAAGAGAGAUGGCAGAAUGAAGGCAAAGCAAGGGACGCGUUCUUCAGGGCAGUAGAGCUCGGCCUAGACCCUACACUUGAUUUCCGAGCUUCAGGAAGCCCUAUUGGUUUGAAGGUGCGCUCUCUUUUGCUAUAUACGCACUCUAACCUUGGAGCAACAUGCUACGCGAAUGCUUUCUUGCAGGUGUGGUAUCAAGAUCUACCAUUUCGUGCCGGUGUAUACCAGUGUGAGCCGAGUCCAGACAAGGAAGACAAGUUCUCGGAGUCCCCGAUCUAUCAACUCCAGGUGACAUUUGCUGCCAUGCAGAUGAGCAAGCAGGCAGUCUUCAAUCCGGUCAGACUUGUCGAGAGUCUGAAACUUCGUGCUACCGAGCAGCAGGACGCGCAAGAAUUUUCGAAGUUGUUCAUGGCCCACCUCGAUUCGGAGUUCCAUAAACAACCUAACCCCGUUCUGAAGAGUCUUGUCGCAGAUCAGUUCCAAGGGAAACAAGUAUACACAACUGUAUGCUCUAAGUGUCAUACCCGGUCGGAACGUGAGAGCGAGUUUCUCGAGCUUGAGCUCACGCUUGCGAAUAAUGCAAAGCUGGAAGAUCGCCUUAGUGCUUCACUGGCUGCUGAAGAACUUCAAGGCGACAAUCAGUACCUUUGCUCACGAUGCGACAGCCUUCAAGAUGCCAAGCGCUUCACCGAAAUCCGGGAACUGCCUCCAGUCCUUCACUUCUCCCUCCUGCGCUUCGUCUAUGACCUGUCAACAAUGGAGCGCAAGAAGUCGAAGCACGCCGUGCUAUUUCCCGAGACCCUUGAAAUGGACAAGUUUUUCGGUGGUGGUGAUCAUGUAGGCAAGAAACGAAAGUGCUCCGAAGGUGGCAAGGGUAUAUACUACUUGAGAGGUGUCCUGCUCCACAGAGGCGCGAGCGCGUAUCAUGGACAUUACGAGACCCAGAUCUUCGACAUGAAGAACAAAGCCUGGUAUCAGUUCAACGACGAAGUGGUUACCAAGCUGGGCUCUCUGAGAGCACCGCCGAAAGCAAUGAAGAAAGACGAGUUGAAAUCCAGAAAAGCGAAUGAUAAAGCGAGACCGUCACAGGUAACACCUCCUAGGGCUGGUAGCGACAUAGAAAUCGUCGAGUAUGCUGUAGUCCUUCCUCUACGUAAAUCCCUCUACCUCGCUGUGUUCAUGUUGACGGCACUGCAUAUUGACGAUGCAAAUAGCUACAUCUCAUCCAGAGAUGCCUAUAUGCUCAUCUACGCUCGUGCCCCGGACAACAUGACUGGCCGGCCGAAUGGUAUUCCUGACCCUCAGCCACCACCCCGGGCGCUGCAGGUAGUUGAGGAGCUGAAUGCGACUCAUGAAAAAGCCUGCGAGGAAUACUCUGACCAGGAGAAAGCUGCUGAGGAGCGCUUCCAGCAGACAAGAUGUAUGGUGAUGGACAUAUAUCGCUCAUGGAGCUUGUCGCACGACGAUGAAGACUCUGUUGUAUGCAGCAAGCAGGCAUUGGAAACAUGGAUGUCUCGGCAUCUGACCAAACCCAAGGACCAGAAACCGGAGAUGAUCAACGAGGGUACAUUGGCUCUUUACAACCGCACAAUCCCUAACGGAGAUAUUACAUGUGCUCAUGGACGCCUUGACCCAAAGAAAGCUCAGAAUAUGAAGCGUCUCAACAGGUCAGCGUAUGAUCGCAUGUCUACUGAGGGUCAUUGCAAUUUCGAGCCGUCUUUUUCCCCGGCUGACGUUUGUCCAGAAUGUGUUGAAGAAGGCUUCCGAGAUCGCAUAUAUUCGGUAGAACAUCCAAGGCUCGUGUCUGUGUUCGAUGAAGUGGCACCAGUGAACGAAGGCGACUCCGCGUUCUGGAUCUCGAAACCGUGGCUGAAGGACUGGAGGUCAACCAAACCGAAGAUGCACAUAUCCUCACGACCGGAUCCGCCUCCAGACGAUUCAGAGUAUACUCACCAUGUGAAAUGUGAACACGGUGGGCUGACGCCAAAUGUUAUCUCGCGCAAGCGAAUAUCCCCAGCGGCCUACGAGUUGCUAAAGGGCGUUUUCCCCGCAUGGACAACGCUCUCAACGGACUCCGAUACAUGUGCUGUCUGCGAAGCGAUGGUGCAGAUGUCGCGAGAAGAUAAGCGGGGCGCAAAGAUCCAAGCGGAGGAUGAGAAGGCGAAGCUUCGCCACAUGCACGACCAUGCGCUAACAGGCAACAACGCUCUCCUUGAGGAGAUUCCUUGCGCGCUUGUUCCGGCUCCUUUCAUCCGCGCAUGGAGGCAAUGGUUAUUUCAUCCUGCCAACGAGAGGCCGGAGAGCGUCGAUACGCGGCAGUUCAUAUGCGAACACGGGCUUCUAGCCCUCGACCCAAACACCCCCGGGGAUCUAGAUGGUGUAGCAGCAAUUAUCAGCCGCGAUGACUGGGCGGUGCUGGAAACCUUAUAUUCAUGCGGUCCGUUGAUCGCUAUAGAACAUGCAGAUGGCGCGUGGAGACACGACCCUGCUGUUUGCAAAGCGUGUCGUCUGAAGUGCAAGUCCGCUUACGAGAAGACUGAGCUAACAAUACGCGUCCUCCGAGCUGAUGAUCCUACGCCAACUCCGGAGACAUACGCUGAACAGUUAUCUCAGCCUGCAGAAGCGCGACCGACUGUUGUCACGUAUGGAUCGAAGAAGAUUGGAAACCUGCGUCAGUCGAAGCGAAUACGCCAAACAAGGGAGCUCGGACGACGGAGGAAGCUGAUUAUCACACCAGACAUGACUGUCAAGGAUUUGAAGAUUCAGAUACAAGCAGAGCUCGAGAUUCCGACCAUCUCGCAAUGUCUCUAUUAUCAUGGCAACGAGCUCGAGAACAGCGCAAUGACGUUGGGGUCGCUAGGCGUGUUGUCCAAUGACACCAUGGACCUAAGGGAAGAGUCCGAAGAUAUUGAUCUCCUAGGCUCGGGAUCGGAUGCGGAGCCAACAACUAGGAAGAAGGAAGGUCGAGGCUUUGGUGGUACCCUUCUCGGGUACAGCAGUUCAUCCAGCCCCCCGCACACACCCUCGCAACAUGCGGACGAGCUCCCUAGCAACACGACGAUCAGUUGCCCUGCUUGUACGUACGACAACGCUGCAGACGCGUUCGCGUGUCUCAUGUGCGAGACGAUGCUAGACGGAGCGCCAGAGUAA